UUUUUGUUUAUUUUGUUUCUAUUUUUCCAUGCUUUAGAGAGAGAAAUAAGGAGAAGAUGGCAUACAUGUUGUCCACACCAUUGCUUCUACUAACUCAAUUUCUAGCUCUAAUGGUACCAUUCCUCGAAGGCAAAGCCACAGCCAAAGUUCCAGCCGUCAUUGUGUUCGGAGACUCAUCGGUCGACGCUGGAAACAACAAUCAGAUUCCGACCAUCGUUCGGAGCAAUUUCGAGCCUUAUGGCCGGGACUUUGAAGGAGGUCGGGCAACCGGAAGGUUCUCGAAUGGCCGGAUUCCGACUGAUUUCAUAUCGGAGGCAUUCGGUCUCGGGCCAACUGUGCCGGCGUACUUGGAUCCAUCCUAUAAUAUAUCGGAUUUCGCCAUUGGAGUCAGCUUUGCCUCGGCUGGAACUGGCUACGACAAUGUUACUUCUGAUGUGCUUGCCACACGUGUACCCCUAUGGAAAGAGUUAGGGUACUACAAGGAAUACCAAAACAAACUCAGAGCCUACCUUGGUGAACAAAAGGCCAAUGAAACCUUAACUAAGGCAUUGUAUGUGAUGAGUUUAGGAACAAAUGACUUCCUAGAAAAUUACUACACACUCCCUAAGCGGCGAUCGCAUUACAACAUCGAUCAGUACCAAGUUUUACUCAUCGGAAUUGCCAAAAAAUUCUUCAAGUCUCUGUAUGGAUUGGGAGCCAGAAAGAUAUCGCUUGGCGGGCUUCCUCCGAUGGGUUGUUUGCCAUUGGAGAGAACAACAAAUGUCAAGGGUGGGAAUGAGUGUGUGCAAAGUUACAACGUUGUGGCAAUGAAUUUUAAUGAUAAGUUGAGAGAUUUGGUGGAGGAAGUGAACAAAGAGAUGCCUGGGGUUAGAAUGGUCUUUGCAAAUCCAUAUCCAAUUCUCAUGGAGAUUGUUCAGAAACCUUCUUUAUAUGGGUUCGAAGAAACAGCAGUGGGUUGCUGUGCCACAGGCAUGUUCGAGAUGGGUUAUCCAUGCAGUAGGCACAAGCCAUUAACAUGCAGAGGUGCAAACAAGUUCGUGUUUUGGGAUGCCUUUCAUCCCACUGAAAAAACCAAUCAUAUCAUUGCUGACCAUUUGGUCAACACUUGUUUGUCUCCCUUCCUUUGAUUUCUCACUCAUGGAGAGAGAGAAAGGAAAGUAAGUUUAUCAUAUAUUUUUACAAGUUCGUGUCUAUCCAUUGUCAAUGUGAUAGAAAUUUCAAAAUAUUAAAAUUUUGAAAUUUAAUUGUGUAAUUGGCAAUGUUUUGAGGUAGAGGACAAAAAAAAUUAUGACAAAAGAUGCUUAUAAAAUU